AUGGAUGACUCAAAUGAAAACGUGCUUACUGGUUCUGCUUCUCAAUCUUUGCUGAUAAAACCUGAUAUUUCCACUCCCUUAAUUGAUUCAAAGAGAAUUGAUUUGCAAACUUUAAUCAACAAAUUUCACAAUCAGUUGGGCGAUAAGAAUUGGUUGAAGUAUCAGUCAAUCUUCUCCAGUUUUAUAUUAGGUAAAUUGUCCAGAAAUGAAUUUGAAAAUGAGAUAACAAAGAUUAUAAAUUCAAAUCUUUUGAUAAAUUUUCACAAUCAAUUUAUCUUAUCCAAUUUGGCAAACUCCGUCAGAAUUAAUCCCUCUCCAAAUUCUCAUAUAAGUGGAUUUGGUUUCAAUAACAAUAAUUUGUUUAAUAUGAAUAACUCAAAUAAAAAAAAAAAAAACUUAAAUAAUUACAAAUUCAAUAACCAGUACGAAGUAUUGAAAACAAAUAUAAUGAGUUUGCCUGUCAAGGAAAGAAGACGAAUUAAAAAUAUUAAAAGAGAUUCAGGAAAAUCAAAUUUAUUGUCUGCAAAUUCUUCAUUGUAUAUUACUAAUCCCCAAAAUAAUAAAAGCUCAUCUCAACCUCGUGAAGUUAUAACAGGAAAUGCCGUAACAUGGUCUCAGGAUAUUAUGACUGGAUUUCAAACUUUAUUGGCUUCUGAAUCUUACGAAUUACCAGAUAAAGAUACUUUAAAUUAUAGAAUGACAGGAAUAAUGAGAGAACAUGGUUUGUUUGGCUCUUUGGAUGAAAACUCAAUUAAUGUAAUGUCAAUGGCUAUCGAGAGUCAUUUAAAAACCAUUAUUGAAGAAACCAUUGAUCUUGUAAGAUACAGGAAAUCAAAAUAUGAUGAGAAU